AUGGGCACUAAGACUAGUUUCUUAAUAACAGAUGAAGAUGACGAUAUUCCUGAGAACAUUUUUAUCAGCCUGUUCAUUGACUCUUUACACUUGAGUAGUCUUGUGCGAAGUUUUUAUUCGAUGUUGAGUAUGUUGGUGCUUUAUGACGACCACGUGAAUAAAUUGACUCUUAAAAACAUGACAGGAAGAAUUUGUGCUCAAUUAAUUCAGCGCCUUCAGCUCAACCCAUCAUUUAAAAUUAAUUUGAAUAAAAAUUGGUAA